CAUAACCCUAGUUGUUUUUAAAUAAUUAUGGUUGUUUAGUAUGCGUUUUACGAUAUAAAAACUAAAUAAAAUGAUAAAUCCAAAGGAGAAUCUUCCCAAGAAAGUGGAUCGUGAAAUAAUUACCCCUCAUCGUUUAACAGUAGCAAUUCUUUUAAAGGAGUUUUUUAAAUUUCGAACUUCUGAUAUUUAUUUAGUUCUUCCACUAGAGAAAAUAAGACCUAGGCAUGUCCAGGACUUUUGUAUCCUUAUACUUAAGCUUAUACAAAAUCCUGAUCUUACGUUGCUGGAACUUAGAAACUUGCUUGUAUCUGAUAAAUAUACUGUCCACAAACAUCUCUUAAAAGAAUUUGAUAAGGUCCUUGAUAAUGUAAAUUCAAAGGGAAUGCGCUACUUUUUAGAUUUAAUUGAUGAAGUAAGAAGAUUAAUUUUAAGAGACAUGGACACUGUCAGGAAAACAUCACAUUUACAAAUAAAUAAAAGCAGCGUUGUAGGCUAUUACAUAAGGAGAUUUUUAUUAAAUUUUGAUAAACUUACAUUUUCUGAAGUAACAGCAGUUCUCCAGUCAUUCAAAAGAUACUAUGAACCAUUUAAAAGGGCCCAUCAAGUCAACCCUGAUCCUUUAAUGGCCUGCAAAUACAAAGAGAUUAGUGACUGGAAUUCAGAUAAGGACCAGUGGUCUAGGAGACAAGCUGAACUUUUUAUAGCAUCUCAGGCAGCUUUACUGUCAAAUAACGAAGGAAAGGCUUUGAAUCCUAAAGAAUUACAGUUUCACAUAAGAAAUCUUUUAAAGUCCAAUCCAGAUUUAGCAGAAGCACAUUUCCUUAGUUAUUUAAACUACUUGAGAGUAAAGGAGUUUUGUGGUGCAGUCCACAGUCUUCAUCAUUGUUUUGAUAGAAUGAAUUUGACUGAUAACCGAAAUUCUGGCGAUGAAAAGAACAAAGCCUACAGGUUUGCUGCAUUAAAUUUGGCUGUUCUUCACUACCAAAUGGAGCACCGGGAAGAGGCUUUUGCUGCCUUAAAAGAAGCCAUUACAAUGGCCCAAGAAGCAAAUGAUAACGUCUGUCUUCAACAUGCCCUUUCUUGGUUGUACUGUUUAAUAAAUACAAACAAAGAUAAAUUGCUUGAACAUUCCAUAUUGAAAAGUCUUGAUUUGAACUUGACUUACAUCAUGUCUUUGGGUAUUCAGUCUUUUGUACAGUAUGCAGGUGUCACCAGUGGGAAUCCCAAGCAAAUAUUUGAGACUAUAACUAAAAGUGACAUAGUCAAUUGUCAGCACUCGUAUGGGGACCUAAUUUCCGCCAGUUAUGCUCACAAAUCGUCCCUUUGGCUUUUUUAUGGUAAAACGGAAAUGUCCUCGCUUUGGAGUCAGCUACUUCUCCAUCUGAACAUGGAAACUGCGGUGUUGGGGAAGUCUUUCUGUGGAGAACCGCUCUGUCUUUCCAUUUGUAAUUUGGCCAACUACUUCACGUUACAAGGCGAAUAUUCGUUGACCAACAGUCUCAUAAGUCUUGCAAAAGAACAUUUCCCAAACGAACCUGUUUCCAAUUCGUGGAUUUUGUGUGAAAAUCUUUUCGUUUUUAUUCGCUCUCUGCACAAUUGCCACUGGUUCGAAGCUGAGACUGCAGCUCAAAAAAUAUCUGUGGUGGACCCUUGGGAGAGCAAACUGAGACUCACAGAACUUCUUCUGUACCGGAAAGAUUAUUCUGAGGCCCAUCAAAGGGCCACUGAGAUCCUCAAACACAAACUACGUAUAGACUACCAAAUUCGAGCGAUGAUACUUUUGGCAGAGAUCCAGUGCAACAGUAGUUUCCCGGAAUCAGUUCCCCCGGGUAUUAUAUCCCUCCUGAACUCUUCCUUGGUCUAUGCAAACGAUUUUCAUCUUAAUUAUCUGUCUUCAAUUGUCCAUCUUCAUUUGGCUAACGUCCAGUUGCUAUUGGGGAUGCCUGGGCAGGCUCUGGAGCUUCUUGAAGGUGGUCUGGUCCAUAUCUUGACCCACGGGGGGCAUUUCGACAGGGCGAGGGCCGUUUUGCUGUAUGUAAAGUGUGUUGUUGCCAAUGCGGGCCAUAAACCAGAAGGGGAGAGAAACAAAAUAAUUCUGGAAGCAGCAAAGAUGCUGGACGAUGUUAGGAGUGGUUUUGAGAAAGUUGAGGCGUUUUCGAGGGUCAAAGAUGUUCUCUAUUUGCAAGCUCGGUUGUAUAAUGAAGUCGGGGCGAAUUCUGAGAGAAAUAAGUGUGCAUUGGACUACAGACUGCUUGAAGAAGAUCAUCCUGUACAAAGUGAGUCGUAUUUAUUGACAUUUUUGUGAUUGUCUGGUAUUAGAAAGUAUUUAUUAUUGUAAUUAUUAUUAAGGAAUUUAUUUUUCUUACUGUUUAUGAUUAUGAUUUUUUUUUGAUUAAGGAAUACAUUAUUUUUUAUUUAUGAUAUGCUUUUCGUUGCUUCAAAAGCUUUCUUGUUUUGCAAUACGUUUUUGUA